UUCUCAAUCUCAGCACGUAUCAUGGGGCACAAUAGGAUUUAGUAUAUAAGAGACGCGAAACAAUCAUUUAAGCAUCAUUCGCUCCAACAGCAAAACAAGAAGCACAACAACAAUCUCCAACAAUCAACAAUCAACAUGAAGUGCAUUGCAGCUAUCCUUCUCUUGGCUUUGGCCGCCGUCGCCUCCGCCGAAACAAAGCCUGUGGAAGUUGAAGGAGCGAGACAAGUGGUGUCUGGACCGGAAGUCGAAAAUUCGGUGGUGUCAGGAAGGAGCAAAAGAGGAUACGUUCUAGGCGCAUACAGCGCUCCUCUUGCGUAUAGCGCAUACACGGCACCGGUUGCAUACAGCGCAUACACGAAUUAUCCCUAUGCGUACUCGGCUUAUUCCGCCUAUCCUUACUACGCAUCUUCCUACAGUGCCCCCUACUACUACGUCUAGACUACAAUCUUCACAAGGCUC